GUGACGAAAUACGCUUCAAAAUGGCGACCAAGAAAGGCGACUCGCACUUGAAAAAGAAAGAAUCCACAAAAGAAAAGAAUGUUUGGCUCAAUGAACACGGAGCUUAUGUCGAUUAUUCAGACACAGCUUGUGCCCCAUGCAAAGAUUUCUAUCAUGUGUUCGUGACUCCAACACAGAUAAUCUUCAGAUGGUGGAAGAUUGUACCACCAACUAGAGCUGACUCCAAUCAAUCGCCCUUCGAGAUCAGAGAUACAUAUGAUGAUUUCCUACAUGAUGAACGCUGCCAUAGUGAGAUCCAGAGACUUGCCGGUGACCCAACCCUCCAGUACCUGAUUGGUCUAGCGGAGGGUCACGUGGAUUACAUUGACAGAAUCCCCGACAAUGUCCUGGAAAAGAUGAUUGCCUAUCUGGAAUUGGAGGAUAUUGUCAGGCUCGGUGCUACGUCAAAGAAAUUCAGACGGCUGUGUAAUUGUGAUGCUGUGUGGGAAAAGAUAUUCCGUCGUGAGGUGGAGACACCAAUUACACCGGAGUUGGAGGCCCUAGCAGAGAAAGAGGGAUGGAAGAGGCUCUUCUACACGAACAAACUUCAGCUCCAGGUCCAGCUAAGAAGACAGCUUAGAAUUAGCCACCAGAGAAAAUAAAAUGGUACAAAUGCAGCUAAGAAGACAAAAACGCCAUGACGAACAUGCAUUUGUUACUGAAGGCCAGCAGAGCAUGGAAACUUCUUAGAACACAAACAAAUAUUAGACCGAAAUGGAUAUGGACCCAAAGAAAAAUGGACCAAAAUACAAUUAACUGUUUUUGUUGAAAGUUUUGUUUAAAAUAGAUAAAGUAGCUUGUGACUGUGGUCAGUUUUACAGAAGCAUUUUAUUUUUUAUAAACAUUUAUAUAACUAGUACAUGUAGCUUUAGUUUAUCUAGCAGUUGUUAGAUUUAUUAGCAUUUGGUUUAUUUGAAGUGCCUUAUAUCAGAAUUGCGAUUGCAAAGUAUUACACUAAUUUUAAUAUAUUCAUUUAUGUUACUAUAUGCAUUGCAAAUUCGGGUGACAUUCCGUCCAGACGUUGUGAUAAUAUCAUUAAUAAUUUCCAUUUUACUAUACUUUGAUUUUGAUUUGUUACUGAUAAAUUGUGUGGUGCAAUGUAUCCCAGAAGCUGGACACACAGAAGAAGGCGUCCAAGAAUAUGCAUAUCACUAAAACUAUAUAAUAAAUAAGGGACCGUUUCAUUCGUUACAUUUUACUUCAAUAUUGAUUUUUUUCCCUUAUAAACACGUGCACGUUGGAAGUAAACUUUGAAUGCCACCAAACCGGAAGUACACAUUCGCACAGUCAUCAUGUUUACUUCCCUUUAAACCUAAAGAAAAUUGUGAAGUACCGAACACUGCACUUGCAAUGUUCUUUCUGAAACGGUCGCUGGUGUUAUCGUUUUCUCCAAAGCCUAUAUGGUAGGUGUUAUGAUGCUAUUUUUCAAUGAAACGGCCCCUACUUCUUGCUGGAAAUAUAAUUGUAAGAGAACUGGUAUUUAAACUGCUUUCAUUGUUUAUUAAGAUCUGAUAAGUCUUUAACCUUGUUUGUCUUGUUAUGUGAUCCAUAUGAUUGUAUUGGAUUAUGAAAAGUGCUAUUUUUAUAUUGAUUAACAUGUCUUUUUAUUUGCUUUGAUGGAAUCAGUGUAAACAGCGAAACUUUGGUUUAAUUUAGUAGUCUUAAUCAUUUAAUUUAUCAGUAAAUUGGUUUGAUAAUUGCUAGAUAUUUCUGGACAAUCAUUUAUAUUGUUUUAUUUAUUAGAAGUGAAUCGUUCAGGAAUUAUUUUUUAAUUUAAUUACUGUUACUUAAAGCGUACUGCUUUCAUAUCAGAAAAGAGUAUUGCAUUUCAAUAUGUUUAUGUAUAUUCAGAAAGGACUUUUUAUUACAAUAUUCUUUUGAAAUUAUUAUCUUAAAAGCAAAUUUAUGACUUAUGAGUUAUAAGCAAACAUUUGUUUCUUUAAAACAAGUAAUGCUUAUCUCAUUUUUUAGAUUGACUGUAAAUGCCGUUUAAGGGUACAUGACAAGCAUGCUCAAACAUUGCGUAAUACGCAAAUGAAUAAUUUUCUAAUUUCACUGUACUCUCGACGAUUGAAGACAUGUUGGUGGACCAACAAAAUAAUUAUAUAUGAAUGGCUUAAACAUAUUAAUCAAUAAAUAAUUUAUUGAAAUGUAAAUCGUAUAUUUUUUACCCGGAAUAUCGAAAUUUAUAUGUGUUUAAAAAGUCUGAAGUACAUUCUCAAAUGUUUUCAUUUCAUGUUCUCUUCUGGGUUUCUCAAAAGGACUGACACAUAUAUAAAGACAGUAAUGUUAGUGUCGCGAAUAUGUUUUAUUUAUUAUCUUAUAAUUCGUUUUGUACAUUCAGUUUAAAAUCGGAGAAUCUGUGUAUCUGAAAAUCACUUUCUAUGAUAUUAAUACAUGGUUUUCUUCUUA